UUUUGUCUCAAGUUAAAAAAAUUGGUGUAAUAAAAUUAGAGAAAAAGGUCAUAUUUUACUUACUCUUUUUUCUUUUUAAUUUUUUAAAGACAAAAAGAAAAAAAAAAGUGUAAAUUUCCAUAGCUUAGGAGAUUGGAAGAAUGGGAGCAUUGACCAUAGAUUUAGAAGACUUUGAAAACUCCAAAACAGCCUUCUCUGUUCAGAUUUAUUUCUCUUUUGAUUUCUUCUUCUUCCUCUCUCUGUUGAUUUGAUAUUUGAUAAAUUAUAAUAAUAUAUAAUCAUAUCAAAGCCGCCCCAUUAAUAUCUAUCUUCUUCUUCAAAGCUUGGCUUUUUCAGCCAACCCAGAUCAGUUUUGGACUCAAUUCUGCAGAAAUUUCCGGUUGAGAGUUCUUGACUGAGAUUUUUUUGUAUAGAUUUGGGGAUAAGUCCAUAUUGGGUAGGGAUUAGAUUUUGGAAGAUGGCUAGUGUGCAAGAUCAGUUGGAGAUCAAGUUUCGAUUGACAGAUGGAUCCGAUAUCGGUCCCAAAACUUUCCCUGCUGCUACUAGUGUUGCAACUUUGAAGGAAAGUGUUGUUGCUCAAUGGCCUAAAGAGAAGGAAAAUGGUCCGAGGACAGUGAAAGAUGUCAAGUUAAUCAGUGCUGGAAAAAUAUUGGAGAACAACAAAACUUUGGGAGAGUGUCAGAGCCCUCUUUGUGAUAUUCCCGGUGGGGUAACAACUAUGCACGUUGUUGUUCAACCUCCUCCUGUGGAAAAAGAAAAGAAAGCAGUAAUCGAACCAAAGCAGAACAAAUGUGUUUGUGUCAUAUUAUAAUCCACAGCUUGAAGAGGGGACAACAUUAUUUUCAGAUGAAAGAGUGACGGAACUGAUUUACAAAAUGAAGUUGAAGACUUUUUGAUCGAAGAAUCCGGUUUGUAGCAUGCACAUUUAAUAUAUAGAAUGUGUUAUUUUUCUGCUUUUCUCUGCCGAAUUCAUGUAGUCGAUGAUUGUCCAUCUAUUUUGUUCACUUUGUUCAUUUCACAUUAAUUAGACUCUGCUAUCAAGCAAUUAAACCUCAGAUUUUACGUCCGAA